CCUCCAUUGUUCUGUUUAGUUCUUUCAUAAAAAGGAGCCUUUCCUCAUUUUUUUUAUGUUAACUCUGUGUCCAUUUUUUUUCCUUAGAAAAAUGGUAGUUGAAUUUCUUUGCUCAGAAAAUCCAAUGAGUCCAAGAAUUUCAUUCUCACAUGAUUUCUCCCAAUUUGAUGUGAUCCCAGUUGAGAGAAUUCAACCCCCUUUGAGAUCAAACUCAUCUAGAUUCAACUCAUCCAUUGAUUUCGAUUUCCAUAUCCAUGAAGAGAACAACCAAACAUCUUCAGCUGAUGAGCUUUUCUCUGAGGGUAGAAUCGUCCCAACUGAAAUCAAGAACACCCAAAAAGACACAAAUGCCCCUCUGAAGCAAAACGGUAGUAGUCAUCAAUUACAAAAAAAAGAGCAUAGCUGCAUACACAAGGCCUCGAACCCGGUACCUUCUUGCUUAAGCAAUAUCGAGCCACUUACCACUCGGACCAACUCUACAGAAGAAAAUGUUACUAAUAAUGAAAUUAUUAUUAGAAACAAAGAAACAAAGGAGUUGAAUAAUCAUAACUAUGUUGAUGGUGGUUCAAAUUCAAAAUCAUUUUGGAGCUUCAAGAGGAGUAGCAGUUGUGGAAGUGGGUAUGGUAGGAGAUUGUGUCCAUUGCCACUUUUGUCAAGAAGCAAUUCAACUGGUUCUUCUCCUAAAAGGGUCCCACUUUCUUCUUCCUCUAUCAAGCAACAAAAUUCUCAUCAGAAGCAUUAUUAUUCUUAUAGCACCACAACAGCAACAACAACAACAAGGUCUUCUUCUUCUUCUUCUAAUUCUAAUCAUCAUCAUCAUCGUCUAAAGCCUCCAUUGAAGAGAAGUCACAAUGCAUCAUAUUAUGGGAAUAAUAAUAAAAAUAGUGUUAGAGUCAAUCCUGUUCUGAAUGUUCCUCCUGUAAGUCUCUCUGGUUUGUGUUCAAUCUUCUCCAACAAUAGAGAUAGGAGCAAGAAGAAGUAAUAAUUUAGUGAUUUACCUCAAACAAGGGCAAAAAGGGAAAAAAAAGUGUGAAGGUAACAAAAUUAUAUAUGAAAAUUUAUGUUGUUGCUAAAUUAAAUUUCAAAAUUAUCCAUAAAAAAUAUUUUUUAAUAUUUUUAUAAAUGGAUUUUUUUUUUUUUUUUUUUGGAUGAUUUCAUUUUUUAUAGGUAAUUUUGUUAAUGAUAUUGUCUCUUUUGUAGAUAAUUUUAGAAUUUCACUAAAAGAAAUUUGUUAAUAUAUUUGACAUGCAAAUUGUGUAAUUUAUUUAUCAAUUUACUAUUAGAUUGAAUUUUAAUAAGGUUUAUAUGUAUAUUAUAUAUCAUCCAUGAUGAAUGAUAUGGAUUGCCAAUUUGCCAUUGUAUAAUAUAUAUGAAUACAUACAUUGAAUAUAAUUUUUAAUUUACAGUUUUUAUUACUAAUUUGUACAUCAUCAGUGGGGCCUGCGAUGCCUAAUUACAUGUACCUCCCUAACUUUUACCAUGUGAUUUUGAGAAUUAGGUGUGACCUAUUACAAGUUAGGAGUUUUGAAUGGUUUGCAUCAACUAAACAAAGUGAUAAAAAAA